AUGUCUUUUUGUGAACUUCGUAUACCUGUUGAUUCAAAUACAACAGAAAAUAUACUUUCAAAAAUAUUAAUUACAUGUUCGGAUCUUCGUUAUGAUCGAGUUGUUCUUUGUCAAACAGAUAAUUUACGUGCACCAACUUCAAAUAAUUCAUCAUCAUCAAAAAAAAAGAAACGUAAAUUAAAUGAAACAGAAGAAACAUCGAUUGUACCAUCAUCUGCAUGGACAUGUCCAAAACCUUUUGUUGCUCGUAUACCUGAUUUAAUAACUCAACGAUGUCGUCAGACAAAUCGUCAAUUUCGUCUCUAUUCACGACUGAAUGUUAUUGUACAUGAUAAUCAAUCAUUACAUUAUUUAAAACGUGCAGAAGUUCAACAAAAUUUUGAUUUAAUUUCAUUACAACCAGCAACACGUGAUAUUCUUAUGUAUUUACUUACUGCAACAACAAUACAAUAUGAAUUAAUUGUUCUUGAUCCAAGUGAUCCCGAACUUCUUCCAUUUCCAUCAAAAUUGAUGCGUGCAGCAUCUGAACGUGGUAUUACAUUUGAAUUGAUUUAUAGUAAUGCUUUACGUGAUUCAUUUGAACGAAGAAAUUUACUUGCAUUUGGUCGAUCACUUGCUACAAAUAUUUUUAAACAUGGUCAAUCAAUUAUAUUUAGUUCAAAUGCAUCAAAUUCAUUACAAAUUCGUUCACCUUAUGAUAUGAUGGAAAUCGGACAAUUAUUUGGUUUUAAUGAAGAAUUAUCAAAAAAAAUAAUCAAUCAAAACCCCAUGGAUGUUUUAGCAAGAUCUUUUAGUCGAAGAAAAACUGUACAAGGAACAGUAUGGUUAGAUACAGAAAAAGAUAAUAAACAACAAACAACAAUAGAACCAUUUGUAGCCACUGAAACUAUUACUCUUUGA